AUGGCACCUUCCACACAGAGAUUUGUGGGGUGGUUUUGUGGAGUACGGAUGGAGUCUGAGGAGCCGGGGCAGAGAAGGGCCGGGCACCUAAACGCUGUCGGGAGCCUCCGAACAAAAGACAAACCUUCUACAUAUGAAGUUCGCCAAUCAAAUAAGGGUACCGAGAAGGCGUACACAUGUUUCUUGGCUGUAGAGAUGACCGACUCGCUACCACAUUUGGCUCCAGCGAAACAGACCCUCUUCCCACACAGGGUAACGCGGGAGUCGGGGAAUACGUAUCGUAGGACUCCUCCAAGACGUGUGAAGGCUCUCACACUGUCCGCUUGA